CGGGUCGAAUUCGGUAGUGUCUAACAACAGAAGUGAUUGAAAACGUAUACUCGUUCAUAGGCAAUGGAAGUGAUUAGAGAUAUCAAAAAAAUGAUCAACCAAGUAUUUGGAAAAGAGAAUAUGUUCGGAUUCGAGACAACGCUAGCUAAUCAGAUGUAUUUAUUGUACUGCGUCAUCGGUAACGUAUAUUACACCGAUAAAAUACAUCGAAAAACCAAACUUGUAUGGUUCUGGAUUGCUUACACAGUAUGGUUACCCAUUUUUAUUUCCAUAUUACUAUACAUAGUUUAUGGUAGGCUAAUCGGCGACGUGAUGUUGCUGAUUUACAUGGGAUUUGCAAUCAUAUUCGCUCUGAUGGAAACAAUUGUGAAACCCGCAAUCGCGGUGUAUUGGUAUAGAAACAAUAUAGAGCAAAUGAUUUCGAUGGCUGAUAAAAUAUUAACGAAAACACCAUCAACUAAGCGCUCAUCCGACAAAUAUAUGGAUCCAAAAAAAAUCACCAGCACUAUAUUAGUUGAACUUGGAAUAACAAUAGUACUAUAUGGAUCAAUCCCUAUUCUAGAUGUGAUAAUUUUUUAUCGAGUAGAAAAAGUUGAAAACUAUAUGUACUACAUGCUACCACUUUCUGGACUUGAACAAUUCGCGUCAUUCAAAUUUUAUAUGAUUUAUCACAUUAUUUUGUACGGUAUGACUUGUGGUUUAUUGAUCAUUUUUUCGGUGCACCGAGUUUUUUCUGUACCUUGGGUAGUAAUAUGCCAUAAUGAGGCGCAACGUAUAAUUGACGAGUUGAAUUCGUUGAGUGAAGAUACUGACAUUAAUAUCGACACUUUCCGAAGUAUGGAACCGAAAUGCAGAUACGUUUUAAAAAAAUGCAUACACGACAUAAGAAAUCUCAACAGAUUCAUUUCAACCUACAGAGGCUUUUUUGAAACUAUCGCCAGUCUAACCCUUCCCAUUUUACUGUAUAUUGAAGUUGUCCAUGCUUUGAUUGCUGUAUCGCCAGAUAUACCAGUCAUAAUCAGAUUGAGAGAAGUUUUCGUUUUCCUCAUCUCGAUUCAAGAAGUCUACAACGUGUUGGAUUGGGGCUACGUUGGAACAAACUACAUCGGAUUUGUCCUUCGCUGUAUAUUCCACACCUUGGUAUUGGUUGAAAAGCAUUCGCAAAGACGUUUACAUACUUCUAUGCCAAACACAAGCGUCAGUCAAUCCACGAGCCUUGAAUGUCUAUCCGCUCACAUUAGCAACAUUUCUGCGAUUUUGCAACGUUAUCAAUUCUACAGUGAAUGUUUUUCGAGCAUACACACGAAAAUAGUUAAUAUAUAUCUAAGGAAAUCAUUUUGUCCAGUUAACUAUCUACAUAUUUCUAAACAGAUGAUUUGAAGUUUU